AUGAACCGCCAGCAACGCCAGCCGCAAGGAGGUCUAACCUCUAGAAGCGUGAACCUGCCUCCGCGGUCGGCUAACUUAGCGAAUAAAACAUCAACCGUCACGAAACCGUCUGCAUCGCCACCGGCGUCAGCAACCUCACGGUCAAACCGUAAAUCUGAUCCAGCAUCUAACGAAAAGGUAAGCGACUCUAAGCUAGAGUAUGAAAACGCCUUAGCGCAGCUCCAGCUCAUACAGCAGAAGCUGCGACAGCAGGCACUCACCGCCUGCCACCUGGAGCGUGAAGCACUGGAAUUUUACUACUCACAUGUCAUUUGUUUUGAAGGGUACAGCGGCGAACCGAUGCCCCAGCAGCAGAGCAGUUCACAUCAUUACUACUUCAAUAGCACUAUAGCGCGGGCGCGGCAGACGGACCGCGAACGGCGCGCAACUGAAGAGCAACAGCUGCAGCGGGAGAGAUGUCGCGUGGAACAGCUCGAAGAGGAGCUCCGCAGUUCGGUGGUGAUGAAACGAUUAGAGGAGGAGCGCUGUGCCGUUCGUUCAGCGGAGGCUGAAAAGGAGGCUUUGGAACGGCAGCUCGCGCAAAAGCAUGCAGAGCGCAACUCGCGUGAAGAGGAGCUGCAGAAGCAGCGAGAGAAACUACAGCAAAUGCGGCGGGAAUUCCUCGAGCGAGAGGCAGGGAUUCGGCAGCUGGAAAUAGGUAAGCGCAAACAGAUGGAGGACAUGGAGACCAUACGUCUGCAACUCAAAACACAGCGCGGUGAACUGGAUUCAGCCCAAACGGAGCUGCAAAGAAGAGAGAAGGUAGUUGAAGAUCUGCAACAGACUAUUGAGCGCCUCUCACGCAAAAAAUAG